AUGCAGGUGGUGGGCUAUGAGGCUGGAGCUGUCCAAGCAAUGUCAAUAUUUGACGACACGCUUUUUCUUGGAAGCGCCGGUCGCGUGCGGGCAAUGGAUGUGUCUAGCGGUGGUCAUGCCGGAGAGUUUGUGGCAGGGUCUCACAUGCCGUACGAGGUGACAGCGCUGUGGUCGGGUUUGAGUGCUGCGGGCCAUAUGCUCAUCGCUACUGGCAGAUCUGACGGCAAACUGAUGGCCUGGAGAUGUGGGGUGACCACCGCUGCGGUGGCCUUCCCUGAGACAGAGACCAUCUCGGGCCAGCCAGUUACUAGCCUCGUGCAGUGCGACCGCUGGCUGGCAAGCAGCACGCUUGAUGGCAGAAUUAAUUUCUGGGACAUUGCUGACCUGGAGAAAAGUGGCGCUGUAGGCUCCACAAGACCUCCGCUGGAUUGCGGACAGCCUGUGCAUUGCUUGACAUCGGGGCGAGAAGCUUUGUAUGCUGGGUGCCAGGAUGGUUCCGUGCUCAAGAUACCGACGCACAAUUCCGCCGCUGAAGAUGUGCAGGAGCUGUACCGGUCUGACCUGGCAGUCACAGCACUGGCCCACAUCGAAGCCAGUGACUCUUUGGUCCUGGGACAUGCUGAUGGACAUUUGCUGGAGCUGAAAGAGGAUGGGGCGACAGUGAAAAUGGCCACCUUUCAUCGCGAAGAAGUGCGAACACUCCAAGCGCUCAGCGCAGGUGUGCUGAGCGUAGCCGGGGAUGGUCGGCUUGGCGUGUGGGGUGUGCAGGAGGAGAAGCUUGGCGCGCUACAGCCGCUCUGGGGCUUGCGAGGCCUACCGCCAAAGGCGACUGCGGCGGCUAGUGAGACUGGGAUUUUUGUCAACUGCACCGUGAAUCUUGGCACUCCAGGCCCGGUCUGCGAAACAGUUUUGAUGUGUCUGUUGAUUCAAACCUUGCAGCACCCCCUGUGCUAUGGCGACGGCUUCUUCUCGCCAUGA